AUGAGCAAAAGCAGUUCAUCUCAAGUUUCUACUCAAAGCUCUGAAACCAAAAAAUGCUUUUAUUGUAAGAAGAUAAAGAGCAAAGCUGAUUUUUGUCGUCUUCGCAGUGAUGAUCUACUGUACGAACAUGGAACCUGUAAUAUGUGUUUUGAAGAGCGUUCUAAAAGAAGACAUGAAAAGAAGGCAAAGACAGAUACCUACCUUAAUUUAACAGUUCCAACCAUUGGUACCUCAAUUUCUAAUGUUACAAAUACUUAUCAAGUCGAUGACAGCCUUGAAGUUUAUGAUGAUCGUGAGCCAACAUCAGAAGCUAACCCCGAGUUUGCAAACGUGAUACAAAUUGAAGAAAUAGAAGAAAACAUUACUACUAUACAAGAUGAUGAGUAUAAUGGUGAUAAUAAUACGCUUUCAUACUGUUUAGAUGAACUUGGUCAAGAUCUUGAUCUUGAGGACGGAUCACUGGACUUGAAAAAAGUUAAAAAAAGCUUCGCACAAAUUACUAAAAUCCUUAUUUUACCAUUGAAAUCUGGAUCCAGAUAUUAUUGGAAUAUAUAUAAGUUAUGCUUGAAUUUAAAAAGAAAAGCAUUUACAGGACGUGCUACUGCAUACCUUUACUGUGCAUUACGUGACGAUCGAAUUUGGCAACGGCAAGAUAAUCAAGAGAAUUCUACUCUUGAAAAUCCUAUAACAGAAGGUAGUCGCUCUGGCAAUUCGCGAAGCACAUCAGUAAUAGCAGGAGAAAAUAAGAUGAACGAAAGGCAAGAAAAGUAUGCACAAUAUGUAAAGAAGUUUGAGAAGGCGUUAGAACUGUAUCAAAGAGAAAUGGAUAAUGAUAAUUUUAUCAAAAACUUUGAUACCUUAGUGGGACUGUUCGUAAAAGCAAUCGGUGAAUGUGAAGAAGCCUU